AGCUCCUCCAGCACCAGCACCAGCACCACACUCCUCCAGCCCCAGCCUAGCGUUGCUUCUCGUGCCCACCUCUGUCGGCCGCCAAUUCGCCUCGCUUCAACGUCUUUGCCUUCUCUGCUAGCUUUUCUCCUACUAUUUUUUUUCUCUGCCAGCUACAGCUCAUUCUCCAACCGACGCCUUUCUCUUCAAAUGUCCCAACAGCCCAAGCUCUACCAGGACCAAUUACUCCCAGAUUCUUCCAAGAACUACCAGUCUCGAGAUUCUCACGUCUCUUUGGGCCCUACCUCCACUGCCCCAUUUGGCUCCAGUCACCAAUCAACAACAGCGUCCUCACUCCAACCCUUACCUCCUCCUCCUCAAGUGUCUGCCCAACAUGUCUUAACUCAGCUACCUAUCAAUUUCCAGCAAUUGUAUCAGCACCAAAAUCACCACCAGCCAACUCUGUUCUACUUUCCUCUUUCUCUGCAACUGACCCCAGCUGCUCCUCUACCUUCCUUACCUUCUGCUGCUCAACCUGCUUCGGUUUACCUUCCUCCACCACACCAGUCCCACCCUCAGUCCCAGAGCAUCACCACUCUACCACUCCCAAUUCCAAACAAACAUCUCGUAAGCUCUAUUGCUUUGCAGCAAUUACCAUCUCAACAGCAGCUGCUGCAACAGAUUGACCCCGAACAAAGCCAGAACCAAAACCAGAACCAAAAUCAAAAUCAAAACCAAAAUCAAUUCCAAUCCCAACCUCUAUCUAGGUCAAAAUCUCACUUUCAUCCACAACCACAGCUCCAACUUCAAACCCAACUUCAACCUUCACUUUCAUCUCAAAGUCAUCAUCAAAUUCAAAAACUGAAAUUCUCUUCUUCCUCUUCUUACCCCUUCACUUCGGCUUCUACUCCACAAUCUCUGCAAUCUCUGCAAUCUCUGCAAUCUCAUUAUUAUACUCAUUCAAUAAAUAGUCAAUACACUCCUCAAUAUUCUUUUCUUUCUUCUUCUUCAGCUACUCCAACAACUUCAAAUACUUUAUCUUCUGCAACUCCUUUUCCUCCUCCUCCGAUUCAACAUAAUUAUUCUCUGCAAUUGCUCUCAGCUUAUCCAUCCCAUUCAACUCAUUCAACUCACCCACCUCCACCACAAUUACAACCACCCUCUCAAAAUUCUAUCCAACAAAAUUCACAGUCCUCUCUUCCACAACAAUCUUCAAACAGCUCAAUUCCCCCAAUUUCUUCCUUGGCUUCAAAUUCUCAAGAAUUUCAAGACUCUCAUCAAUCAUCUGAAUCACAAAACUCCCAAAAACUUCAACAAACUCCUUAUCAACAAAAUUCCUCUUCCAUUUCAAAUACAAACCAUCCAGCGCCUAUUUUAAAACAAAUCACUCCUGCAAAGAGAUCUUAUUCAAAUCUAGAAAUUAAUCAAUUGGAUCCCGCGAAUAAUAUUAUUACUAAUAAUACUUCAUCCAUAUCUUUAUUAUCAUCACCAUCUUCUUCUUCUUCUUCUUCUUCUUCUACUACUACUACUACUACUACUAUUACUACUUCUACUUCCUCUAUUCCUGCUUCUGCUUCCUUACCCUCAAACUCUAAUAAAACUAAAAAUAAUAGCAAAACUAAAAAUAAUAAAAGUAAAAGUAAAAGUAAAAGUAAAAGUAAAAGUAAAAGUAAAAGUAAAAGUAAAAACAAUGACAACAACAAUAACAAUGACAACAACAAUAACAACAGCAAUAACAAUAACAACAGCAAUAAUAACACAUUCUCAUCUUCAAACUCUCCUUUACCCUCUUUUUCUUCUUUAAAUUCCCCUUCAUCUACAUCUUUAUCCUAUGAAAAUAAAAAAUUUAAAAACACAAACUUCAAUCGUUCCAGCGAAGAAUCCCUAUUAUUAGCUGCUCAAAAAUCACUAACAAAUCAUAUCCAAAUUCAAGAUUUUGCCAAAAAAAUGCAAAUCACAAACGAUUUCGAAAAACCUUCUCAUCCAAAGGCAAUAGCUGCAAAGGAAAAAUCAAAAUCAAUUUUCGCUAUUAGAUGCUUGUUGGAUUCGGUUGAAAAGAUUCAAGUAUCUCAACCUCCUUCUCUAACUAACGUUCACAGUACUGCUACCCCAAGAGCUUCCGUUUAUAAUGCUUAUACUUAUCUUUGCAAUAUCUCAAACGUUUUACCCUUUGGUCAAUCGGCUUUAGGAAAACUAGUUAGAGUUAUUUGGCCUGAUCUACAAACUAAAAGACUAGGAACAAGAGGUAACUCAAAAUACCACUAUAUUGGUAUUAGAUUAAAAGUAGAUAUAAAACAAAUUCUAGAUCAAAUAUCAAAAAAUCCUUCCGUACUACACACCCAAUUCUUCGGUAACUUUAUAGCCAGCCAACCUGCAAUCUUUAAACAAAAUCUGUUCCAAAAUAAUUUUGAUCAAAAAAACAAAACUCAUUCCGAAUCAACGGUUUAUAAUUCAAAUAAUAUAGAUGAUUUUGUGGAGAUAUCUUCUACUCCCUUUUUAUCAACUAUUGGUCCUCGUCUUUAUUUUCCAAAGGAUAAAAAAAUAAUGCAAUCUAUUGCUUUUUUCGAUAUUAACAAUUCAAAUGAUCUAAUCAAUUCUAUUAUCUCGACAGAUUUGAAUAACUUGAUUCAAAAAUUUAAAUUCCAUUUAUUAGAUGGAAAUUAUCAAUCUUGUUGUUCUUUACUUUUAUCACAAGAUGAAUAUCAAAAAGAUAUUGCAAUAUAUGCUAGUUCUUUGAAUAUGUUAUCUCCAUUGUCCCAUACAGGUUCAAAAAAGGCUAAUUUAACCAACUUGAAAAAUUUGUCCAGCAGUUUUUCAAAUUAUUUCUCUCAACAAUUGUUCAAUCAAAAAAAUUGCACUCUGGAAACUAUUGAUACAAAUCUGAAAAAAAGACUUAAAUAUUCGAAAUUAUUUGAGGUCUUGUUAAAAAGAUUACUUCGCGCUGCUGAAACUGCUGUUUCUGUGGCUCGUAUUUUUUCAAAUUCAGUUGAAAUGGUAUCAAUAAUGAAUGAUUGGAAUAUAAUUAUAAAUGAUAUCUCUAUUAUAUCAGGUUGUGAAAUUGAUAGAGAACCUGAAAGAGUUGAAGCUGAAAACUUAUUAAGAAAUGAAAUUCCAAACUUUUUAAAUGUUCUUAAUAAUGAAUUAUCUAAUGCAGUUGCCUCGAGAUCUGAUUUUCAUGAUGAUCCAACUAAAGGUGUUUUUAAUACUGAAUUAACAACUAUUGAGAAAAAACUUAUGGAGACUACUGUUAAUUUUAAUAUUCUAUUAUUUUCGAAGUUCCCAAGAACUUCUGUUAGACUUUUUUUAUUAUUCUUAUCAUCAAUAUUAACAAACUGUUUGCGUCAACUACAAUCGAAAGGUGCGAGAAGUUUUAGUGCUUGUUGGAUAGUUCGUUGUUGGAUUGAUGAAUGGUUUGGAUUUAUUAGUGAACUUUAUGGAUUUAAUUCAUUAUCACAAGAUCUUGUUAAUUGAAGAAUUAAUUUAUAUGAAAAUAGAAACAAAAAUUUCUGCAUAAAGGAGAUUUUAAUUCUAGAAUUUUUUAAGGAAAAG